AUGGCCAGCGCCCACGCAAGAGGGUUAUACGAGGCGCCCUCGUAUAAACCCCGCCAGCGGAACAUUACUGACGCGGACGCCGCGCACGUCGCCCAAUAUAACCUAGGCGUGAAGGCAAGCCAUGGGCUAGAUCCCGCUAAAGGCCGAGCAGACCGUCGUUGUGGACACGCACGUGGGCGGAAUCGCCUCCAUCUACAGUAA